AUUAAUGUUAUCAAAAAUAAUCUUACUAUUCUUAGUGAUAUCGAUUAGUUGUGAUACUGUAUUAGAUAAAGGGUGUUCUUGUAAUGAAAUUUAGAAUGAGAAUGAUUGUAAAAGAAUAUAAUGCAAAUAUGAGAAUGGACAAUGUAAAAAUAGAGAACUAGAGACCUAUUGUAAAUUAGCAAGUACAAUAGCAAAAUGCCCAGUUGAAGGAUGUGCCUUAUAUGAGAAUAUAUGUUAAGCAUUUGCUGGAUGCACAGCAUAUUUGAGUAAGACAUUUGAAAGUUGUAAUAAAAUAUCUGAUAAAUGUACAUCAGAUGGAGAAAGAUGUGUAGAUUUAUCUACUUGUGAUACUUACUUGACUAAAAUAUCAUGUUUUAUAGAUAAUAGUGAAAAUUAUUGUUACUAUGAUGAAAGUGAUGCAGCUAAACCUUAAUGUAAGACUGUUACUUCUUGUAAGAAUUUACCGACAACUUUAAAAACAGAUCAAGAAUGUAGAUCAAAACUACAAACAUGUACUGUUAAUGAAAGUAAUUAAGGAUGUGUUGAUUCAGGUAAGAGUUGUAGUGAUUAAAAAACGAAAUCUUAAUGUGGAACAAAUUUAGAUUAAAGUAUGAAUUGUAAAUGGAAUGAAACGACGAGCUAAUGUUAUGAUUAUACUUGUGCUAAUGGAAAUGGUAAAACAGUGGAUGAUUGUUAGAAAUACAAAGAUAAUUGUGUCUUAGCAGAAACAUAAGAUGGUAUAUCUAAUACAUGUAAAGAUAUUGAAGAAUGUAUUAAUUACAAAUUCUAAGAAACCUGUAAAAUAGGAUUAUAAGGAAAUUGUCUAUGGUUAAUUACUCAAGUUGAUGGAAAAGAUGUUGGAAAGUGUGUAGAUUACAAUUGCUCUUAAGCAUCUGAUGAUUAUACAAAUGAUUAAUUAUGUUUUAAGUUUCUAUCUACUUGUACUAUUGAUGAUGAUAAUCUUGGAUGUAAAACUAAAGAAGCUCUAUGUACUUCUUAUCUUUAAGUCUCUUAAUGUGUUUCAACUCUUACUUAAGAAUAAUGCUAUUGGAAUAAAUCUAAAUAAUAAUGUGUUUAUUAUGAUUGUGCAAAUGCUUAAGUUGAUACUUAUACAGCUGAAAAUUGUAAUAAAUUUUUAAGUCUUUGCACUGCUAAUACUGGAUUAACUUCAUGUGUUAAAAAACAAUGUACUGAAGCUUUAACUACAUAAUUAUGUACUAAAUUAGGUUAAUGUAUUUGGUAAGAUAAUAAAUGUGUUUAAUAUACAUGUGCUAAUGCUCCCACAUCAUUAACUACAAAUGAUGCAUGCAAUAAAUAUUUAGAUAAAUGUUAUACUACUGGAGCAGGAUGUUCAUCUCAUGGUACAUGCACAGAUAUGAAAACAGAAACUGCUUGUACUAUUGAUUCAUUAAAAUAAAAAUGUAUCUGGCUAAGUUCUUCAUGUAAAGUUAAAACUUGUUCAGAUCUUACAUACAUUAGUCAUUCAGAAUGUAACACUCAAUUAGAUACUUGUACUUCUGAUGGAACCAAAUGUAUUACAUAAGCCACUCUAUGCACUGAUUAUAAAAUCUAACUCAGUUGUGUUGUAUCUUUAGAAGGACCAUGUUUAUGGAUUGAUAGCAAAUGUUUUCUUUUCCUAGGUUGCUCCACUUUACCUGGUACAACUCAUGAAUUUUGUAAUCUAGCUAAUAAUAAAUGUACAACUGAUGGUACUCAAUGUGUUCCAAUAACAAGUUGUGCAAAAACUCUUUAAACAGGAUGUUAUAUUGGUACAGAUGGAGAUUGUGUAAGAAAUCUUGAUAAAAAUAAUAAUACAAUAUGUGAAAAAUUUACUAAAUGUUCAUAGAUGAAUUUUACAACUCAUUUUUAAUGUAAUCGAGAGAAAUAGACAUGCACAGUUAAUACAGAUAAGAAAAACUGCAUGGAUUUAUCAAAUUCUUGUGCAUCAUAUACGAUAUAAGAUAAUUGUUAGAUUACUUCAGAUAAAAAAUAUUGUUAAUGGGACACCACAACUUUGAAAUGUAGAGAUUAAAAAUGCACAGAUAUAGUUAAGACAACUCAUGGAGAUUGUUAAUUAGCCAAUGUGAAAUGUACAACAGAUGCUAGUAAAUGUAUUGAUAUAUUGAAAUGUGAAGGAUAUACAAUAAGUGAUUUAUGUAAAUUUGGAUCAGAUGGUAUUUGUAUUUAUGAUACAAUAAAUAGUAAAUGUAGAUUAAAAUAAUGUAGUGAUAUUACAGAUGUUAAAUAAUGUACAAGUUUAGCAAAUUGUUUAGCAGAUACAUCAAAUUGUGUAGCCAAAGCUGCUUGUUCUUCAUAUAAAACUGAGAAUAGUUGUGGAUUUGAUGGAACAGAUGGUGUUUGUACAUGGAAUAAUAAUACAUGUUCAAAAAUGACAAAAUGUGAAGAUGCUAAUACUUUUGAAAAAGGAUGCAAAAAAAAAUCAGAUAUUUGUAAAUGGACACCAAAACCAAGUAAUGGUGGUGCAAGUUCAUGUAAACCUUAUACAUGUCAAAGUAAAAAUUCUGGUGGUUCUUGUCUUCCUUUGGUAGCUUUUAGUGAAACUGAAUAUGAAGUAUGUGCUGAAAUUUAGUUGACAUGUUAAUCAGCUUCGAUUUCUGAUUUAACUGAAGAUACUUGUUUUAUCAACAGUGCUAAGAAUUAUUAUUGGGAUAAGACUACGAAUAAAUGUUUGGCUUGCAAUGGAACAACUGUCAAUAAUACUACAGUGAUUGAUAAUAGCAAUUCCUUAAUGAUAGGAACAAUAUACCUAUUUAUUGCUUUCCUUUAAUAUUGAAAAAUUAUUAGAC